AUGGUGGUAGCGGUGGAUGGCGGCAAGGCCCAGUCCUGCCGAGCAUGUCAGCCUAAGCCGAACAAAAACUAUGACCACCACGCAGAACCCGUAGGGAAGGAAGGAAUGCGACGGAAUCUUCUGAACGCUUCGCGUCAUAGGCCACUGAACAACAAACUCCUUGCUUUUGCAAGUGUCUUCCUCUGCCUUGCAUAUCGCAGCGAACUAAGCUGUAGCAUAGACACCUUUGGAGCGGAGAAGAACGCAGGCCACGCCACCCCGCCCUUACAGUCUGGCCAGCCACUUGUAAUUCCCGUUGUCGAAGGAAACACGAGACAGGCGUCCGCUGGCGUGUACUAUGCCCAAACAGCAGCGGAAAAACAACGACUUCGAAUCGAGCGAGUGGAGACGGGGGACGCACCUCUGUCAGACCCAGUACCUUCUGCCAGAGCUACUCUUAGUGGAGCUGGACGGGCUCUCAGCGAUGCCAGAGAAACGAAGGAAGUGAGAGUCGAUCCCGUAGAAAAUGGUGAAACUUUUCGAAGGCAUGGUCCUUCCAAUUCGACUCUUCAGGUGUCCGCGGUCCAGCACCCCACCGAAAGAGCUGAGUCAGCGGGAGUCGGAUCUUGUGCGAAGUCAGAAGCGCAAGACGCCGUUCUAUUCUUGCGGCAACAUGGACAGGAAAGUUGGCGAGCACGUAUCCCAGUCCUGAUCAGUUCUCGCUUCCUGCCUGCGGAGCUAGGGUUGAGGCUGUUAAAAAAACGGCAUCUGGAAAAGGGUCACAAGCCUUUGAAUUCCCUAGGGUCGCCCGCCGUUCGUUCUGACGGGUCUAGGUCUGGUGAUUCGCGUUCUUCAGAGCCUUCUUCUCAGUCCACGAAUGCAGCACAGCUUCCUCCAGACGAUCCACAGGCUGUGCCAGGGGAUGCGAAAAAAGGCUUGCUGGGCUCUCUCCCAGUCUUCUUCCCUCCGUCCGAUCUGGGGAACAUGAAUUCGCCACUGGGUAUUGCUGUCCGUCCCGCUGUGGUGACCAUCCCGCCAGGCGAAUCGGCCUUUGACCUGCAAAUUCAGCUUCAGAGGAAACCGAGAGGACAGACCGUGUACAUUCAGAUACAGUGUUACGCAGUGUCGCAGGGCAUGGCGUUUGAACUACCAAAAGGGCGGAAAGCUGGAGGCACUUCUCCAAUUGCCGGGGAGAGGCAGCUGGCAAGUCAUUCCAGCAAGGAGGAAAGCUUCGCCCUGAACAGGGACGAGACUGCAAGUGAGAGUGCACCGCUCAUAACGAGCGGCCACGUAGAAGGAGCGCCUUCCGCCACGCAAGGCACCUUGCUUGUGUCAACACGGGAGGAAAUUCGCCAAGACGAAUGGAAGCAGCGGCACUGGAGGACGAUAGAUCUGAAGCACGUGAAGAGCGGGCGGUGCUACCUGUCGGGUGCAUCGUCCGAGCCAACUGAGCAUGUGGUCCUGAAGAGAGGAAAAAUUAUCCAGUUAAUCGGCCUUCAUAGAGCAGCACCUUCGUGCUCGGACAGAGGCGCAGGAGGGAAAAACGCUUGCCAGCGACCCAGUUCGGCGAGCCGGGGACAAGUUCCGCCGCCACCGACGAUGCCUGUUAUACGAGGCGGCGACCGGCCUUGGUGGCUCAUGUCAAAAGAGUUCCCUGUUAACGUCAUCGUUCCCCCCGCGAACCGAAAACAGGAGUGUCAACCAGGGACGCUUCGCGCUCUGGCGGGAACCGCCUGCCUCACGUGUUUGCCUGGGUUCAAGUGCACAGAACAAAAGCUAUACGAAACCUGCGUGUUUCCGAUGUGGUCGCCCGAAGCCUCACCGGAAUGCUUUCUGCCUGGUCCGCACACGAACUCAAUGGGGGUUGGCAGCGCGCCGAUUCCUUGCGGGGAAGGCACUGUAUCUACGGAGGCGUCUGCCAGGUGCACACUCUGUCCCUCGAAUUUCCAGUGCGUGGUUGACCGCAUUGGAAUUCAGACGGCGUGCCCGAGAAACACAUUCUCGGAUCCAGGCGAGGCUCACUGCCGGUACUGCCCUAAACACCACGACUGUUCGCGCGGCGUCAUUCAGCCUUGCCCGUUUGGGCAAGUCUCAGAUGCGACCGGGAUAAAAUGCGUCGAUGCGGUUGAUGGGUCGUAUCUCCAUCCCGACUCGAAACGCGCGAUGCAACUUCCCUCGACAUUUGCAAACGACGGGACGGGUCGGAGCUUCACGUGGCUCUACGUGACGAAAGCCUUCAAGGGAUGGGUUCCCGCCAGCGACGGAGUGUCUUCUCGACGAGAUGUUCCUUGCCCGCCCAUGGCUCUAUGCACCGCUGGAUGGUAUAAACUCGGCGCUCUGAAAAACCAGUGGAGCAGUUCCGUGGACGUGCUAGAGCGCGGGUCAGCCGUCCCAACAAGCUGGUCCGAAAUCUUCGACCAGCCGUCUAAAGGACGGACACAGCAGAUGUUUGGCUACUACGCCUGGGCGCGAAACUCAGUCAGCCUUAGGCAGGACGAUUUCGCGUCAAUUGACAAUCCCUGCCCUACGGGAUACUACUCUGACAGUAGCACGACAUUUAAGUCGGAGUGCAUGCUGGCGACGACCGGUUAUUGCCCCCGCGGCUCGCUUAGCGAUUGCGAGAAACAUGAAUUCCCCGCGUUGCUGGCGAACGUUCGCGGCUCCGAUCACAACGACAUCUACGCAGUCCGUACGGGCUACCACGCGCUCCGCUCUGUGGGCGGAAAAGAGGAAGUCCUUCCAUGCAACAAAGGCCACAUUAUUUAUGGAAGAACGUGCUACACAGGAACGUUGUUUGGCAAACCGGGACGAGCAGGGAUGAUGUUUAGGUGGAAGACGUUCUUCGCGAGCCACACUGCGACCCGCGCGGACCUCCUGGACGUCUGCCCGGAAGGCCACUACUGCCCAGUCCCCUCGGUCGUGACCAAGGUCGCGUGCCCGCCAGGCUCCGUCUGCCCUCAGGGCACAAAGUGGAAGCACCAGUACUCGUGCCUCCCGGGCACCUACGCGCCACACGGGGUGGCGGGUCAGCAAGACUGUCUGCCUUGCCCAACAGGGUUCGCCUGCGCCAUAGGCAAUGAGGUGGUCGCCUGCGACAUCGGAUUCUUUUGUCCGUUGGGCACCCCGCACCCAGCCGCGUAUCCGUGUCCCAGGGGGACCUACGGGACUGCAACUGGCGCGGAAUCGAAAGCGGAUUGCCAGAAUUGCCCAGUCGGUUUCGUUUGCGAUGGAGGCGCGUCCCUCUCUCGCCCAUGUCCCAGAGGCCACUACUGUGACGUAGGGCGCCUCUCGUCUGAGUCCGCUCUGCCGUGUCCGGAGGGAACUUACAACCCGAGAGACGGCGGCUCUUCUGUUGACGACUGUCUCCCGUGUCCCCUCGGGCACGCGUGCGACGGGCCGGGCGCAUGGGCGAGACGGCAGUGCCCCCGCGGCACGUACUCGGACCCAGGGCAAGCGACUUGCCAGCCCUGCCCCGGAGGAUAUUUCUGCGAAACUGGAAGUGCCGCGCGGCCUUGCCCUGUCGGAUCGUAUUCGGAUGUUGGAGCCGAAAGUUGCCACCCCUGCCCGCACAACUACAGCUGCGACAUCCCUGGGCUAAGCAAAUAUGAGGUCCUUCUUGAGCGCUUCUGCCCCAACUGUGACUCGGCCUCCGCGAUCGUCGACCCGGACUUCAAGGCGCCGGGGGGCUUCUGGCUCGACGAAAAAUCGGGCCUGCUUACGCCAUGCGAGCCUGGCCAAUACACGCUGACUCAAGGGGCAACAACCUCCGAUGCAUGCAGCAGCUCGCCGGCCGGCACAUAUGUAUCGUACUUCGGGGCUCCGGAGCCCGAAGGGAGUUGCUCACGCGGGUACUACUGCCCCGAAGGAUCAACCUCAAGGGAGCAAGCACGAUGCCCCUCUGGCUCCUACACACCUUCCGCUGGAGCAGGGCGCGUCGAGGACUGCGCCGUCUGCCCUCCGGGUUCUCUGUGCCACCAGAUGGCCCUAGCGGAUGUGCAGUCAGACUGUCCACCAGGGUUUUACUGCCCAGAGGGGUCCGCUUUCCGCGGCGUGCCCUGCCCCGCAGGCACGUACCGACCAGAAAGCAAGGGCAAGAGCUUGGCGGACUGCCACGCCUGCCCACCUGGAAACUACUGCCCCGAACCUGGGCUCCAAGCGCCAGGCUCUCCCUGUAGUGCCGGGUUCAUCUGUCUAGGAGGCGCACAAGUUGCGGCACCGACGGACAAUCAGACAGGUCGCGCGUGCCCCGCCGGCGGCUUCUGCCCCGAAGGAGCUACCACAAACGCGCCGUGCCCUGCGGGAACGUACAACCCUCUUCCUGGCGGGAGGGACGCCUCCUCGUGCCUGCCGUGUCCCGCGGGUCAGUACUGCCUUGGCACCACAAGCACAACGCCGGAUGGCAACUGCAACGACGGCUACAUUUGUAAGAAGGGCUCUCUGUCGCCCACGGAGACGCCAGCAACCCCUGGGCACUUCGCCGUCCAACCCGGCGUUGCAGAGCAAGAAUGUGAACCGGGGACCUUCAAUGAAAAAUAUGCGCAAGCUAAAUGCGACCUGUGCUUGCCUGGGCACUACUGCGACACACACGGCAUGUCGCGCGUGAAGUCCUGUCCGGCCGGGACGUUCUGUGAAGAGGGGGCGAUCACCGCAGCCGAGUGCCCUGUAGGCACCUACAACCCCGCGCCUCUACGAGGCUCGCAGGACGACUGCCUCGCAUGCACGCCAGGGUUUUUCUGUUCAAAGCGGCGGGCCACUUACCCCACCGGAACGUGUUCGCCUGGAUAUUAUUGCCGAGGGGGUGCCACGACUGACACGCCCGCGGACACAAACGACCAAGGGGGGCCCUGUCCCGCAGGCCAUUAUUGCCCAGGGAAAAGUGAAGUUCCUACCCCAUGCCCUCCUGGGACCUACGGAGCGAUGGAGAGACAGAGGGGAGCCGGAUCAUGCCUGCCAUGCCCUGGAGCAGCUUUUUGCAGUCAAUCGGGCCAGACAACAUUUGAAGGGCCUUGUGAAGGCGGAUUCACCUGCCCACCUGGAAGCAUCAAAAGCAAACACACAGUAUGCCCAGCCGGUUCGAAGUGCCCGCCAGGCAGCCUUUCCCCAACGAUUUGCUCAGAAGGCACUUACCAGCCCGAUGCAGGGCAACAGGAAUGCCUUCCGUGCCCCCCAGGGUACAACUGCCGACCAGGGGUCACACAGUACCUAAACAGCGGAUGCCCGCAAGGGACCUUUUGCCCAGGAAGCGGUACAACUGAGCCGCAGCAGUGCCCCGAUGGGACGUACAGCCUGCAUACUGCGCGGGUCUACCCUGACUCGUGUCUUCCUUGCCCCCCUGGCUUGAUGUGCCAACAAAACAACGUGAAGCCUGCGACAGACGGUACAGCUGACUGUCCAGAGGGCUACGCGUGCACGGGUGGAGUCAAAGUGGCAGGUCCAGGAAUAGUGAGCGAGGGGAGCGUUCGGUGCGAAAGAGGUUUCUACUGCCCCAAGGGAAGCGGACAACCCAUACCGUGCCCAGCGGGUCGCGUGUGCCCGACAUCCCAGCUCGGCACAGCGGAGCUGCUUUGCCCGGGAGGUCGCUACUGCCCAAUCGGAUCCGCCACCGGCCUUCCGUGCCCCCCGGGGUACUUCUGUCCAUCGGGGUCGGCCGCACCGCGCCGCUGCCCUCUGGGGACUAUCAGCGCCUACCAGGAGAACGCAGCUGAAGACCAGUGCACAAAGUGCCCCGCCGGCAAGUACUGUGAUGGUACGACUAACGCGUACGAAGAGAAAAUCGACAGCACUGCGCCUAGUGGGGAAUGCCGCGAGGGGUACUACUGCCCCAAUGGACUGUUCACGCCCAUCGGGAUCCCUUGCCCAAUAGGGAGUUACUGUCCAACGGGCAGCGCGCGCCCGCUGACAUGCCCCGUGGGAUCUACAACUGCGGCGGCCGGCCUCGCAGAGUGCACAGGCUGCGAUGCAGGUUUUAUUUGCUCCAGUGGUCUUGUAACGCCGUGCCCGGCGGGCCAGUACUGCGACAAAGAUAGUCUGCCACAGGUAUGCCUGCCUGGCUCGUACAAUCCCAUCGCUGGAGGAAUAAAUGCAGACGCCUGUCGCCCUUGCCCUCCAGGUAAGGCCUGUCGACACAGCGGGACGUCCGCGCCGGAGACCUGCCGCGGGGGCUACUUCUGCCUUUUGCAUGUGGCAAUUCUGAAUCCAACAGAUCUUUCGGAGGCUGAGAGCGUUGCCGUUGCAGAAGCGGAGUCUGGCGCAGCGACGGAGGGCGGCGGCCGCUGCCCGAAGGGAUACUACUGUCCCCCGGGCGCGCGCGUGCCCCUGCCUUGCAGGGCCGGGUACCAGUGCGGGACCCUGGGUCUCUCAGCCCCUAGGGCCCCCUGCAACGCGGGGUACUACUGCAGGCAAAAAGCGCAGUCAGCCAGUCCGCCCGCACCGCCUGAUGCCACAAGCUGCCCCAGUCAGGACCUUUAUGGUCCUUGCACCCCUGGCCAUUUCUGCCCCGCCGGCUCUCGCGUUCCUGAAGCCUGCCCUCCAGGAACGUAUCUUACGUUCCCACUGGGAAAAAGCAUUGCCGACUGCUUGCCUUGCCCUGGGGGUCGGUACUGUUCUGGUCGCGGCCUGAUCUACCCCACGGGCUUCUGCCGGGCCGGAGUCUUCUGCAGACAAAAAGCUGAGACACCGGACGGAACUUUCUGUCCGAAAGGAAGCUUUUGCCCUGAAGGCACAACCUCGCCUCAGCCUUGUGCACCUGGGUCUUACCAGGAUACUGAGGGCCAUGCAAGCUGCAAACCGUGCCCCGCUGGCUUCACGUGUGCUACGGGCUCUGGCCUCGUCACCCCACUCGAGUGCCCUGCUGGCGCCUUUUGCCCAGCGUCUUCGUCUAUACCCACCAAAUGCCCUGUAGGCAAGUACGCGCUGGAUGGCGGCUUGAAACAGGAGUCCGAUUGCUGGUGGUGCCCUCCAGGCAAAGUAUGCAACACAGAGGGAAUUGCAGAGGAACUCAAGAACUGUCCUGCAGGAAGCUAUUGUCCGGCGCCUUCGUAUGUAAUCUUGCGAGAUCCUGGAGGUGAUGAGACGCCGAAAAUCUCCUGCAUGCCCUCGAGGCCUGGCGGACCGGCCACAUGUGCGAUUGAACCGACACCGUGCCCCGUAGGAUGGGUGUGUCCAGAAGGAAGCGCGACUCCGCAGAGGUGCCCGUUAGGUCAGACGAUGACAGCAGGCGGCGCUGCGACGAAUGCGGGGUGCAAGGCCUGCCCAGCGGGGCAGUUCUGCCCGCCGUCGGGCUCUGUGCAGGGCUGCGCCGCCGGCUUCCUCUGCCUCGCUGGGGCCUACAGUCCCACUCCGGUGAAGGAACCGGCUGGUCGGCUGUGCCGACGCGGGCACUUCUGUCCAUCGGGAACAACUGUGGAAAUCGCCUGCCCACGGGGCUCUCUGAGCGUCGGAGAGGGAACUGGGAGCGCGUGCCAGGAAUGCCCGGCCGGGAACGUGUGUGCCUCAGAAGGCAUUCAAACGCUCACUGACAAUGAAGCCUGUCCAAAGGGCUCCUACUGCCCCGGCGGCAGUGUUACGGCGGUCGCAUGCCCCGCUGGAACAUACAACCCCUUCCAGUUCCUUGCAUCUUCGCAGGAGUGCCUGGCCUGUCCGCCAGGAAAGUACUGCGGUUCGGCCGGCGCCACGGCAUCAACGGGUCCGUGCGACGCAGGGACUUGGUGCAAGCAGGGUUCCAUGUCCCAGGACCACACGUCUGGCUACGCGCCAGCGCGCCUCGUGGCCUGCCCGCUGGGGGCAUAUUGCCCGGCGUCCACGCCGAUGCCCGUACUCUGUUCCGCGGGGACGUACCAGGACUCGGAGGCGGCCUCAGACGCAUGCAAGUCGUGCGCUGCGGGCGCGUACUGCGGUGUAGCCGGGCUUCAGAGUGCAGACGGAAGUGGUCCUUGCCAGCCUGGAUUCUUUUGCCAAGAAGGGGCGAAGGUUGCCGCUCCACGAGAUGCAGUCUCUGGGGACAUUUGCACGAAGGGACACUACUGCCCACCAGGAUCGAAGACGCCGCAGGAAUGUGCAGCAGGGUACUACAGUGACGAAGAAGGUCUGGCUAGCUGCAAGCGGUGCCCUGCGGGCUACCUAUGCCCGGGUGGGCCAAGCGGGGAGAUCCAGGACUGCCCCAGAGGGUCUGUCUGCGGACCCGCGGCAGCUCAGGCUUCAUUCUGUCCGGAUGGCACGACCAGCGACGUUGCAAAUUUGGCAAAGGACGAGGAAUGCAGCGAGUGCCCCCCAGGCAAAGUGUGCGAGGCUGGCAAGCCCCAAACGGAGUGCCCAGCCGGAUUCCUCUGCCUGCUGGGCGUCGGACCCGCCCAGACUCAAGACCCGAACAAAGACCUCAACGAAGUGUGGACAGACAGCUCCUUCUGGAGCGGUCAUUCAGUGCACUACGGCGGCGCCUGCCCCGCGGGCCACUUCUGUCCGACCGGAACGGAGGCCCCAGUGGCCUGUGCAGAAGGGACAGUUCGGGAAACAGUCGGAGGCGAAAGCCAAGAUGACUGCUCGAAGUGCCCUGAGGGCAGCUUCUGCGACCCGCACAUGCCAGUGCCUGUGGCGUGUCCUGUGGGCUACUACUGUACCAGCGAGACACCGAAGCCCACUCCCUGCGAGCGCGGGUUCUAUCUGAGCAGCAAAGGGAGCUCACAUAAGUCUGACUGCACAAAAUGCCCAGAGGGCUACGCAUGCGACCAAGAAGGCGUCGUCGAUUUCAAGCUCUUCCCCUGCCCCACAGGCUACUUCUGCCGGGCGGGCGCAGUGGAGCCUGAGGCUUGCCCGGCGGGGAGCUACGGAGCAGGGCCGAAGCUUUCACAACCCGAGAGCUGUGCGGCGUGCCCCGCAGGCAUUCUCUGCGCAUCUCCUGACGAAGACGGCAAACUCCGGCCGCAGGCAACUGUGUGUCCGGCUGGCCACGUGUGCGGACGAAGCGCCAGCGCCCCAAUUAUGUGCCAAGCGGGCACGUACUGCCCCGCUGGAAGCGAAACGGCGGUGCCUUGCCCUGACGGGUACCACUGUCCCCAAGGCUCGGAUGUCCCGCUAGUUUGCCCGGAAGGAUCGUUCUGCUCUCACGGCGUUGCUGAACCCACUGUGUGCCCGACGGGAUACAAGGCAAGUGCUGCAGCCAAGGAAACCUGCGUCGGCGCCUACUCGGUCGAGGCAUGCUGUGAAGCGUGCCCGCCUGCAACUUUCGCUGACCAGCCAGGCUCAUCUGAGUGUAGCCCGUGUGCGGCGGGGCAUAUAUGUACAGGCGGCUCAACCUCUGCGACGCCGAAUGCGAACGAGGAAGGAGUUGUUAUGGGCUACAAGUGCCCACCCGGCUAUUUCUGUCUCGAAGGCGCGCUCGAACCGACACCCUGCCCGCCAGGCACCUUCAGCGACCAGCCAGGAGGAACGUCGCUCGACGCCUGCUCGCCCUGCCCCGACGGGACCUACCAGCGAUUCCCAGGGAUGUCGUCAUGUGACGCGUGCGGUCCAAACGCGAGAUCUGAAAAACUGUCAGGCUCCACUUCGUGCACGUGCUAUGGAGCCGCGCGGUUUUACCGGAACGAGGACGGCACGUGUCCCUGCUAUUCACGUUUUACGACCCAUAACGGCGACGAGGCGGCGGCGGCGGACGGACGGAGCCCGUGCCAGGAGGUUCUGUACAGCCGCUGCACAGUGGGGCAAGUUCGCGACGAUGUCGGCUCCUGCUUGAACGAAGACGAGGUGGAUUGCGUGGAGUCUUGCCGCGGCGGCGCGGGAAGCUUUCUGCACCACUUCGGAGUCUGCCAGUGCGCCGACGGUCCGCGCAUCGCCGCGCAGUGCACGGCGAGCUGCAAGGAAACCCUCCCAGAGGUCUUCGUCACGGCGGAGGGCCUGACCGAAGUCGACCCCGUUGGCGCCAGCACGACUGUGUACUCCACAGGCCUCCCUGAGAGCCUCGACAUGCCGCGCCUGCAGUUCCUCUGCGCCAAGCUGAAGGAGGAGCUUUCGGGCUUGCCGUUAGAUUCUCUAUGCGGGAUGAGCUUCCACCAGGCGUCUUCAGCAGGACUGGAUGGCCUGCUGCGCAUGCCUGACGACUUGAGGCCGGCGCCGGAUCUGUCGACUGACGGCAGCCAGCCAGACGGCCCCGCCUCGUACCACCGAGUCGCCGGACACCCGCCACCCGCCGUGGAGCCUUCGGCCUUUCGCCUGGGGCGGCGGAGGACAGGGACGCAGUCUACCGACCCCCGCAACAUUGUCCCGCGCCCCGUUCAGUGCCUGCAGCGAGGAGCGACCAUUGUCUGGGAGCUGAAAGACGGCGUGUACCCUGUAUAUCACAAAGAGAGUCUGAUGAAUUCGCAUGCAGCGAUGGACGACGCCGCGUUCCGAGACCUUGCCAAGCGCGCCUCGAACCUGCCUCAGUUUUUCGCGUACACGUUCCUCGUCGCCGGCUCGUUUGUGUUCGCGGCCUCCGACAACCCGCUCGAAAUCGCAGUCGUCGUAGUCGUCCCUGACGGCGUGCGCUGUCCCGCAGGCACCAGGUUCGCCUCUCCUCUCUCCGCGCAGAGCCUGGGCAUUCUCGGGGUUACAUCGGCUGCGUCGAGGCUUAUGACGGAGCCCAACUGGGGGACAGUCAUCCUCGGCUUUUUCGCGCUUCUCUUUUGCUGCCUCGUCGUGCUCUACGCCGUGUGGAGGUGUCGCCACAGCGCGUGGGAGGCGUGCCUGUGGAUGGCGCCCCUGGGGUCCGCGAAGCGCCGGCACGCCCUGACCGACUUCCGCGGCGCAAUCCUAGCAGCUGUCCAUGAAUUGCCUGGUGCAAAGGGCAAUUUAACAUGCACAGAUGUCCGCGUCCUGCACCACCUCGCCGUCUCAACGGCGGACGCCACGCAUGCAGUUGCAGGGUACGCGGGGGAUGCCGAAGAACAGGCGAUUGUUCCGCUCAAGGACGCGGCAGACGCGUUGGCGGUCGACGUGGAUUCAACCGAUGGGCGGCUUCUGCAGGUGGGUCCUUCGACGUGUUUUUAA